GUGUGUGCAAAAGAGAGAGAGAGAGAGAGCAUCAAGUCACCAGAACAGCCUCCACCAUCCUCACACUCACUCACACACGGAGACUAUAUCCCUCUGAGAUAAUGGACGGGACAAAGCCUGCCAUGGAGUCCAACGCGGAGGAUACUCAGGACGAGGGACAGGAGAGCAAAGGAUGCUUCGAGUGCUGCAUCAAAUGUCUGGGUGGGGUUCCCUACGCCUCCCUGGUGGCCACCAUCCUUUGCUUCUCCGGCGUGGCUCUGUUCUGCGGCUGCGGCCACGUAGCGCUGACAGGCACGCUGACCAUGCUGGAGAACCACUUCUCCACAGUCACCACCGACCACGCCACGCUGACCAUGGUGAUCCAAAUCUUUCAGUACAUCAUCUACGGCAUCGCCUCCUUCUUCUUCGUCUACGCCAUCAUCCUGCUGGCUGAGGGUUUUUACACCACCAGUGCCAUCAAGAAGGAGCUGCAGAGCGACUUCAAGACCACCGCCUGUGGACGCUGUAUCACUGCCUUUUUCAUGUUCCUGACCUACAUCCUAGCGCUGGCCUUCCUCGCCAUCUUCUGCUUCACGGCGAUCCCUGUGUUCCUCUUCUUCAACAUGUGGAACACCUGCGCUGCCAUGAGGUCACCGGAUUUCUACAACAACAUCACCGGCAUCACCACCACGCUGGAUUCCAUCUGUGUGGAUGUCAGGCAGUAUGGUAUUAUUCCCUGGAACGCCACACCGGGAAAAGCUUGUGGAGCUACACUGGGAGACAUCUGUGACACGAAUGAGUUCUACCUUUCCUACCAUCUCUACAUCGUUGCUUUCGCCGGAGCUGGAGCCACCGCCAUCGCAUUGAUCCACUACUUGAUGAUUCUGGCAGCCAACUGGGCCUAUCUGAGGAGCGCCGUUUCCACACACGAGUACCAGGACAUCAAGACCAAGGACGACCAGGACGUAGAGGCCGAGGCGCGCUCAAAAGACGGCCAGAACUCCUCCUCCUACUCAUAAGGACGAGAGCUCGUCUCCUGCCUUCACCCAUCCCCCGUCCACGCCUCACACUCUCACAACACCCCACACACCCCCCACCCCCCCGUUUCACACAAACCACCUCGGUAAUGUUUGAUAGUCCCGCGGCCUCACGACUCUCCAUCCUCUACCCCUCCAGAGUGCUGAGUCACAGUUGUGGGAGCACGCUCCCCCCACACUGGAGGGGAGGAGCAUAGAGGGUCAGGAGAGGUGACGGGGUCAGACGGAGGCAGAUGUUUCAGAGCAGUGGAGCUCGCCCUGACGCCCGCCAUCCUGCCCGCCAGCCCGCCGGGGUAAGGCUCAUGUACGGGUACAUCAGUUCAGAAGCGUCUGCCCCCUCGCCCCCCCCACCCACCACCUCCCAUCCCUUCGUGCUUUUGGGCGGCGGCUCGUGAACAUGGCCCCCGGCGGUGACGGCCUCGCGCCCUGAGCCAGCACAGCCUCAUGACACAGCCUACAAACACACACACACAUACAUAAAAAAACAUUGUUCGCUGUCAGCGACCACCUUCCUCCAUUUUGUUGGUGUUAUAUACACAUAUAUAUAUAUAUUUAUACUUAUAUAUAUAUAUAUGUAUAAACACUGUUUCAUAUAUAUAUGUAUACAUAUAUAUAUACAUAUGAAUAUAUGGCGUGAAUGUGUAUGAAUCUUGUUGUUGUUUUUAAUACUCUGAAGCGUAUGCCAGGUUCUUUUACGAUCCUUUUCCUUUUAACCUUUUUCUUCUUCAUCUUUAACCUUUUUAUUGCUUAAUGCUUUAUACAUGUUGCACUAUUUAAGAAACUUUACAUUUGAAAAAUACACAAUGAAACCGUGAGGUAGCUUAACCCUUUAACACCUAAGCCUCAAAAUGUCCGUCUGGACUUUUUCUUUUUGCUUAUUUUAACCAGAAAAGGGCCAGAAAAUGUCCUGUGAAUAAGUUAUUUACACAUUAAAAUAGUGUAUUAACAACUGUAGUUGUACACAAACUCAAGAUUUGGCAUGUUAAUAUUGAAAUUUGAACAGUAUAAAAUAUUUAAAACAACAUUUGUUUGAGUCAAUGUCCAAAAACAGGCUAAAAAAGAGAUGUAUAGGCGAUUUUCCAAUGCUCUCCUCUAUGGCGACAAAGCAACAGCGCGAGUGACAUUACCGUAGUAACCACAUGUUGGCUUUGACGUGCAACUUCUCAGCUUUCAGGAACCGUUGGACUUUUUCCGAUAGCACAAACCGCCAUGUAAUUAUGGUAAUGCAAACACGCUGCCUGCGAUACGCUCGGUGUUAAAGGGUUAAGGAUUACGGAGACCAGAGGUGUCACGUUUAAAGGAAUAGUGCAGGGAAAAAUGUACAACAUUCAACAUUUAAUAUCUUUCUAAAUAGAAAAACUAUUCCUCUGGUGGUUAAAAAUGAAAAACGCACACCUCAGGUAUGAAUUUUGAAUCAAAUCCGAUCUUAGCCGAUUUUGUUCUUUCACUUUCUUAAACACCACUGAUUUCGGACACUGUCCUGUGUGUGAAUUCUACAACAUUCUAUGACAUUUUUUCUAGUAUCCACUUGUAAAUAACCAAGUUUACGGUUUAAAAAAAGGAUUUACACACCUCCCAAAGAGGACACAAGUGUUUUGUUUUUUUGCCACGCUCUUCUAUUAUCAGUUUCCCCCCAUGAAUAUAUGUAAAUGUACCCUUUGCGAUGCGUGUUAGCGUUCAAAAUACUAGCUCAGAAUUCGAUAUAAUAAUUGUAAACGUAACAUCUUGGAUGAGAAGGAUCCAGUGCAGUCAUGAUAUGAAUAUGAUGGAGUGAGAUGCUUGUGAUGUGUACAUUUUAAAAAAAAUUGAAGAUUGAUUUUUUUUUAAUGUUUAAUGGGUUUUUAGGCAGCUGAGCUCUUCUCGUGGUUCUGUAUUAGUAACGAUUUUUUUCCCCCCCCUCUUUACUUUUUCCCUUUUUUUUAAUUCUCAAUGUCACGCUUUCUCAUAACGAGCAACAGAUGCUGUUUUUUGGAUGUUUACACUCUGGAUAAAACAAAGUCAGGAAUUUUCAUAAAUUGAUUUUAUAAUCAAAUAUUCUUUACAAAUCAUAAAAGUAUAUUCUAUAUGGGUCAUCACUGGUUAGUUUACCCUUACAAAAAAAGAAAGAAAAAAAAGCCUGAAGAAGAGUAGUUUUCUUUUCUUUUUUUAACUUUGAUGAGAUGAAGCAUGUCAGUAUCGUCCAUGUGUGCAGCUGUCUAUUCUGUAUAAAAAAGAAAAAAAAGGACUAUAUUGCCAUGUGUGUUAUGUUGGAUAAAUAUACGUGCUUUUUUGCCGCCGGGUUGAUGUAAAACGGCAAACUUCAAUUUCCUAUAAGACAAUACUACGUGUCAGGGUGUUGUUGUUUCCUCGUUACUUUGCAUGAAGGAGACAUGACUUUGUCUUUGCAGUUUUUCAGGUGAUGUGUAGUCAAUUGUACUGACAACUAUGGUAGGCGGUGUUUGCCCCCUUCUUCUUCCUCCUCUUCCUCUUCCUCCACGCCCUCUGACCUCUCCCCGCCCACUCUUUUCUAAAGAAAACUCCAUUGUACUUUGAUGACAUUGUAGUCCCUGUAGGUGUUUCAUUAUGGUUUUUAUUUUUUAAGUUUCAAACAGUUCUAUGACUCCCAUAUAGUGAUGAUUUUUGUAACCUUCUCUAGUAAAACCGAUAUUUUUUAUUAUCGUGA